UCUGUUUGUCGCUGUUGCCUAAACAUUUUGAAAUGAAUGAAGAUACUUCCCUAUUAUCACAAUUUACACGUUAAUAUGUUCAAAAUGUAAAGUAAGACGAUAUACUAAAAAUAUCAGAUGUCCGUCCAACAAUACCUCAAUGGGAAGAAAAGGCCUCCAGAGGUUUAGGAGCUAUACUGUACUAAAACAGUCAAUAUGAAUUUUGCUAAACUGUUACCAGUGUUGAGUGAAGGGGAUGAGAGCAUUGACUUGGCCACUGUGUUAGCUAACAGAGAGGACUGCCUGAGUGAGAUAGAGCUAUGGGCCCUGUGUAAUGAAUGUUGCAAAGCACUCAAAAAUAUUUCAAGUGCCUCAGAGAUGUUUCAGUCAUUGUGUGUGACCCCUGAAAGUCUAGCUUUUGACUCAGAUGGCGCUAUAUGUUUUCUAGACAUAACAACAGAUCCUGAUCCCAUGUAUGUCCCUCCUGAGUAUGAAAAAGUUGGCAACUCUCACAAGGCUCAUCUCUUCUCAUUGGGAAUGACCUUAUUCUUCACUACCAGUGCCUUAACUGCUGCCGAGAAACCAAGAAACAAAGGCCUCAGUCCAAACUUCCAAAACCUCCUGGGACAUAUGACGACUGAAGAUUUUGAAAAACGUGCAGAGAUUGAUUACGUCAUAAAGAAAUGUGAUGAAAUUCUAAAAGAUUUGAAGUCGCAAGAAAUCUGUCAGAAGUUUUCAGGGGAUGCAAGACUAAAUACUGCCAGAGAAGAUCUUAACCAUACACCCGCAAUGAGUGACAUCAGCUAUGCCAGUACCCUCAAUGACAUAUCGGAAAAUCUUGAUUCGGAACCAACUUCACCAAACAUUUUCCUAGAAAGUGAUGAUCUUGAAAAUUUCUAUGCAAAAAAAGAUUUUAAUUCGAGCCGAAGUAGCUCAAUUGGGGAUGUCUUUGAAGCGAAUAACUCACAAGGGCUAGUUAAAGAUUCUCUACUUAGUGAUGUUUACAAUGCUAAUCUCAGCCCUGAUUCUGUUGGUGGACACAGUGAAAGUCGAGAUAUCCUUGCGUCAGACUCUUCUGUGAACGAGUUAAUCAAAAAAUACAUGAGGAAUAAAGAUGGAGGGGUAAAAAACACAGGAAAAAGUAACACUUCAAAGCCCUAUAGCAAUUCACUAAUUGCACAAAAAUCAGAAGAACUGAAAUCAAAUUUGACUCCAUCAAAAGUGGAGAGCUCUGAGAAAACUAAACCUCCUUUGAAAAUAAUCCCAAAAAGGAGUAUUCCCGUGUUUAAGUCACCGAACACACAGUCUCAAAAGUCAACUUCCAUAGAACAUAUUGAACGUAAAGGUCAAGGAUCUGGAGGUCAAAGGUCAUCAGCCAUUGCAAAGAUGAUGGAUCGAAAGAUGCAGAGCAAACAAGGGUCACAAGGUUCAGCUAAAGGGCAAGAUAAAAAGGAAAAUGAAACAACGGGUUAUUCAAUAGCUGACAUAUUGGACAGACUAGAGUGUGCACUAGCAGAGAAGUAUCUCUGGGCCAUAUGCAAAGAGUGUGUCUUCACCCUCAUUAGAGAGAGCAAAGAUGCUGAGAUUGCACCUACAACUACUGUGAUAGAGGAGAGUGGACAUAUAGUGUUUAGAUCAACUGGUAUGAGGGAUGUACACCAUCAGUACAUUGCUCCUGAGAUACAGCUGGGGGGUCGACCAACUGAAAAAUGUCACAUAUUCAGUAUAGCUGCAAUGCUGUGGGCAGCGGCAGAUCACAAUCUCUCAACAAAUCAGGAGCCAGAAUUGAGUGGAUUCAUGCAGAACCUGUUGGUGACAAUGACACAAGAUGAUCCAGCUAGUCGACCAUCUUUAUCUGAACUGCUUCAGGUGUGCAAUGACCAUGACAGAGAAGAAUCAUCAAGUACAACAUGUCAACAACUGCUGAAAGAUGUGCUCAAACGAGAGGCCCACUCCAUAAGUCAGGAGCUUAAGCGACAGCUGACAGAACGUGCCAGAAUGUCACCAUUCUUUGAUCAACUUCUAGAUGAAAUACAAAAUCCUCCACGUAAACUUCGAAAGACCUCAAAGCCAAAAGAACAAGAGAUCAGGAAGGUUUUCCAAGAAAACCCAGAAUUAAUGCAAAAUUUACACCGAGUCACACAAACAAUCCAUCCAAGUCGAAAUGCCACAUCAGACUCAGUAUUCUUACCAACUCAUUCACCAGGGUUAAAACUCUCAGGAAGUCCAUCUAGAUUCCGCCCAAUCGAAUCACCUAAAUCCUCGGGGAAAUCUCCAUUUAGUCCGCCUAAUGAGACUCAAGGGAAGGUUUUGUCAUCCAAGGAUAUACAUUCGUCCAAGUUACCAUCAGCAUUUAAUUCACCUGCCACUCAUUUUCAACCAAUUGUCAUCUCAGAUAGUUCCUCAUCUCUUCAGAAACAAGAGCCAGCAAUAGUCACCGUGCCAGCAAAACGUCCUGGCACUUACACCUCAGAUGACACUAAAAAAGACAAGGAUAAAAUGGUGGCGAAAAAAUUGCGAGAAAUGAAGAAAAAUUUAAUGAAAAACAGCACGAUGAAUAAUUUUGCCAAUGACAUAGAGAAGGACAUUGAGGAAGAAGAAGGUUUAAAUCCACCCUCUGAUCCAAAAAUUAACCAGAUAUCUAGUGACACAACAGCCAUCAUUAAACCUAAAACUUCUACAAUAGACACAAGAAUAUCUACAAAAGCUUUACAAUUGACUGCCUCAAAACCAAGGGAUGAAGUCACCAAUCAUGGUGUUAAAAAUACUCAUAUUAAGACUAUUAUCCAGUCAAAACAACAAGACAGUGCUGUGCUCAAGUCAGCGAAACAAGAUACAUGUACAAGUAGCUCCAGUCAAGCUCAACAAAAUCCAGGACAAUUUAUAUCAACUGAAGGUCAGAAUUUGUCAGGUCAAGAUGUACCAUUAGGAGCAUUAGGACAGUCUGUAACCCCCAAUUCCCAACCUUUAAGUUUACCAUUACAGUUAAAUCAAGGAAUGUUAACUAAUGGUCCAAUUCAAGUUCAGCUUCAAGCAGAUCCAAAAACAGGAAUUUUACAACUCAUACCUAUCAAUGUUGCAAAUACUCAACCUUAUGUACAAUCUGCAGAACCUGGUGUGCAGGAAGAUCCUGCCAAGCAACCUCAAGAUCCCUCAAAACAACCACAACAACCUUCCAAACAACCAACUGGAACAUCUGUUGAAAAUACCUCUAAGAUUCAGAGCAAGUCAGAAGUUGAAUCACAAAGUCGAAGUCGUGCGUCGGAAUCAACCUCCGACAGAAAGCGUAGAACUCGUUCUGCUAGUCGAGAAACUAAAACAAACAGGGAAUCAAGAACAGAAAAAACUGAUAAAAAAUCGUCAUUGAGGAGUCGUUCCGUUCCUCGCGAUAAACUUAAUGGUGCUAAUGUUGGGAUUAUACCUGUAGAGAUUGACAUACAGUCAUCCCCUAGGAAAAGUGCAAAAUCCCAAGCUUCUGACCCCCCAUCUCCUGACAAACCACAACCUCCCCCAAGGCAUUCUAGGAAAUCAUCGUCCACUAGCCGAUCUGAGUCUAGGGAUCGGAAAUCUCGGAGGUCAGAAGCUGAAAUUGAAAAAACAAGGACACGGAAAUCAUCAAGUGAGUCAUCACCUGAGAAAGUGAAAAGAACAACAUCUGCUUCAAAAGGAGAAGACUUAAAAUCAAAAACUGAUAAAAAGAAAAGGACAUUGUCAUCCAGUGAUCUUAUAAAUAUUUCAUCAGAAUUAGAAGAAACUGAAAAACCCCACAGAAAUAAACAUGUGGUGCACUCAAAUAGCCUGGACCAAUCGGAUAAAAGGCGACAUAAUUUAAACAAAAAUAAAAUUGUUCAAAAAGAAAUAUCCCAAGAGUCCAAAUCUAGUUCUGAUACUCAGAUAUCCCCACGAGGUGGUCCAUCCCCCGAUAGUGGAGUGAGUGGACUUAAUCUUGUCAACAAUUUACCAAGUUCAAGCAGUUUGUCUCUGGUGGAACGUUUACUAAAUAAUCAGGAUACUGAACAUCAGAUGAAAUUGAGAAAAAUCACACAGCUCAUUAGGGCAGAGUUUGCUUAUGACGGUUGGUUGGAGAAUGGUGUGGAAGAUCUAGCAAUGGCUGAAUUAGUUUCAUCUCUGGCCAAUCUGAAGUGGGAAACUUUCUGUAACGCCAUAUCUGAGAAAUAUUGUGACUUCUAUUGGGAAGAGGAACUUCUGACUAAUCUUUACAUAGCUGUAAAUGGAUCGGAACCUGUAAAAACAAAGAAAGUGGUAUUACUAGAGUCCCAGACAGCCAAGGUUCUGAGUGUAGAUAUACCAGACAGUGGUCUUGUAUUAAACAACAAUGGCACUAAUAGCAGCCCAGAGGCAGACAUGCUACCUGAUAACUCUAAAUACAACCCAAUGGAGUCUCUUGUACGUAAGGAAAGCACACGAUCAGAAAGAGAACGAACUUUGUUGGCAUUUCGACCAAUCAAAUCUGAUGAUGAGCGAGUCAUGCGGCGUAGUAGCCCUAAAACAAACACUCCUGUGUAUCGACCAAAAGGACAGCGUAGAACUAGGAACUACAUAGAUACGUCAGAUUCAACAGAUACUGAAUCAAUAGAGUUCAAACGAAAACCUCGCCGUAGAGGCACACAUCAUACUGCCAGUGGCCUUGAUAGAAACAAAAGCUCAUCCAUGUCGAGCUUGUUACGAGAUACUAACAUGACAGUGCCUGAGAAUAGCAUCCUACGGGAUACACCUAGUAGAAUGAAUAGCAACUCCAUGCAUGAUAUUUUAAAUGAUUCUGAUUUAUUUGUGCCUGGGAAUGUCAUCACCUCUCCAGAGGUGGAUCUAAAUAUGCCUGCAGGUGGGGAUUUGAAUACCCCAGGAAGUGGGAGUAUAGACUUAAACACGCCAGGGGGUAAUGUACAUAAGAUUGACCCCACAACUGUAACUUUACCUCACCCGAGUCAUGGUCUGCAUAAAUCUACAAAAUAUUCCUCAGACACUGAAAAUGACAGUUUUAUAAGAUCAAAAAGUAUUGACAGUUUAAACACAGCGAUAACUCCACGGGUCAAUAUUCACACAUUAGUAGGGGAGUCAUAUAGAAAAACAUCCACCCCAGAUUAUCAAAGUUCAGGAGGAGGCCGCAGAAAGCCCCCAAAUGUGGAUUCUUUUAAAUAUGACUCUGAAUCUAGUUUUGAUAAUUCAUUCUCAGGGCCACCUACAAGAGGACGAAAUUCUUCACUAGAUGGCUCUAUCGGUCCAAGUAUAUCUUUAAAACGAGAAAGUUCAAUGGAUUCAAUGUCCGUCCGUCAGAUAAUGUGCCGACCUUUAUCACGUGAGGAAAGUGUCUUAUCAGGCAGUAGUGACCAAUCAGGUGUGAAAGGUGCCACAAGUAGUGCAGAUUCUGUCUUCAGCGCCAACUCUGACACAACAGGUCAAAGUUCAACUCUGAUAGAGCCCACUGGGAUAGAUGAUGUCAAACACAGAGGAAGUCUGAUAUAUUAUGGGAUGGAUGAACAGAAAAUGGAUGAUGAUGUUAAAGAGUUUGCUAGUAAUUUGGAGAAUUCCACAGAGGCAAAUCUAGUAUUGAAGAUGGCAGAGAUUCAACAGCAGAUCAAAGUGGAGUACAAAAUGAAAAAGAAGACAGAAAAAUUCUUUGCCAAACUUUCUGAAACAGGGAAGGCAGGAAAAGGUGCUGAUUCUAAAGCGAUGGUUUCUAAGGUAUCAAAGCAAAUUCAGGAAAUGAAUGAGAAACUGAAAUAUUUAUAUGCAGCUAAACGUCAUAUACAGAUGCUCCAAGCUGAACACUGGGGGCUUGAACUAGAUCUCCUCUACUCUCUUGCCAAAGGGGCCUCACAGAAACAACCAUUGAAUUUGGCAUCAUGUGCUGAUCAUGAACUUCUACAAUAUCAAACUGUCAACAGGAAACAAGUCCUCUAUGCUGGAAAACCCACAGGACUAAUGGCUUAUUUGUUUGGCAGGAAUGCGCUUGCUGAAGGUUACAUUCAUCAAUUCUUCUACUGCUACCGUUACUUCGCCACACCACAACAAUUGUUCAACUUCAUCAGAGCUAGGAUUGUUGCUUCAGGAUGCAUAAAUGCCAACGUAAUAGAGGAACAAAACCGCCAAAAGAUUCUGCACAGAGCCAGGGACAUCUUGCAGGCCUGGAUUGAAGGCUACUACAACCUAGAUUUUAGGCACAAUCCUGACCUUGUGAGCCAACUUUCUGAUCUAGUCAACAACAAGACACAAAUUGGAGAUGGGGAACACUCAAAAGAUCUCACUUCCCUGUUGGAAUAUUGUAAAAAUGGCGGUCAUUUAACUAUAUCAGCAGCAGAGACAUCUGGUGGUGAAAAUGGUGAAACAGAAAAUUUUCUUGAGGCAGAAGCUCCCAGAAAGUGGGAGACCUUCAAAGCAGCGUUACAUCUAUCAACUAAACCAACCAAGCUAUCUGGAAAUAAAGACCCUAAAGCCAAAUUGGGGAUGGUGGCAUGUCUAGAGCGAAAGAAGAAAGAGACUGGAGGUGAUGUUUACUUCCCAAAUGUGUCAAGAAAGACCGAUGCCUUUACUCUUGGUGACUUCACUCCUAAUACCCUAGCUGUACAGAUAACAUUGAUGGAACAGGAAUUAUUUCAACUAUCUCAUCCUGUUCACUACCUUGAUUCUAGAGCUCAAGGCAUUGGUACAAUCAAUGAAUCAUUGAAUAAAUCUGCCAUUUCCCACAGAGCAAGUGUCGCAUGGGAUGAGGCUAGGGAUGACAGUCUUUUUAUAGAUGGUGUUAAAGUGGACAGUGUAAUCCAGCGGCUCAUUGAGCACUCACAGAAUGUCACACAUUGGGUUGCAGCCGAGAUUGUAUCUUGUAGUUCAUCUAAGACUCAGCUUGCAGUGCUGUCCAAGUUUAUCUACGCAGCUAAAAUAUGUUAUGAUAUUCGCAACUUUGGAACAACCAUUGCCAUAUUGGAUGGACUAGAGACUUGUGUUGUUCGACAACUUCCUGUAUGGCGUAAUUUGCCAACAAAGUGUGUUACAUUAAUGGAAGAGCUAACUACAACACGGGUAUUUUUGAAGAGUGACUCUAACUGCCUUAUGAAGAGUGAGGAUGUGUAUGAGGUGCCCACCAUCCCAUGUGCUUUGCUAUUCUUGCUGCAUGUACAACAACUAGAGAUAGGAGGCUUCAAACUGGCUAAUGGCCUCUGCAAGUGGCAUAAGAUCAGAUCCAUAGCCAAAGUCAUUAACCAGAUAAGAAUAUUCAAAGAGCACACCUAUACCUUUGAGUCAGACCCUGAUCUCCAAGAUUCUCUGCGACAACGAAUGCGAGAGUUCCGUGAACAUGAUCUCCAAACUCUUGCUCUGCAGCAAGAGACCAAUUAUCACAAACCUUCCACUGGGUUACUCCAAGGUGCUUUGAGGAAGGUGAAAGGGAAGUUUCAAAAGGAUUGAUAAAAUGGGGAGUACUAAAUUGGCCAUUGCAAAUAAAGUUCAAUAUUAUGAAUAUGGAUACAUUGACAUUGAUAGUCUAGAUCAAGAAGGGUAGUGUUGGAAUAUACUGAUGGAUAUGGAUAUACAAAGAUGGAUAUUAUAUUUUUAUAAAAUGGAUUAUACAUAUUAAGUUGGAUCCAAUAGAUAAAAAUACUGCUAGAAUUCUUAGUCUUUCAGUUUAAUGUUAAGAUGAUGAUUCAGCUGAUUGGAAAGUGGAAAUAGAUUGACAUACAGGCAACGAAUUGCAUUCCAUGAACUCUUACGUCCCACCAAAUGAAGUUUGAAUAGGGAUAUACAGAAUCUAUCCGUCCAUUUGUCUGUGCAUUCGUUCCUCCAUCCAUCUCCAUGUUUGCCUGUCCAGGUGAAAACUCAGAUACCAAUGGAGGGAUUUGGUUAAAAUGUAUAAACUGUUGUCUGAUAUUGAGAAGGAAUAUCCCAACAUGGAUACUCAUUUCAAAAUAGCCACCAUUU